UUUUCUUUUCUCGUUCAUUAACCUUGUUUUCUCCAUCUCUGCAAGUUUUGUUUGUUUAGUUUUGAAGGAAAAACUCAAUAUAAUUAACGAAUAAGCCUCCAUGGCUGAGCGCCUACAACAACAGCAGCAGCAAGGGCAUGAUAAGAAGGGCCCUUCGACCUCACAGAUUUUAGCUGUGGUUACCCUUUUGCCUCUUAGUGGCACCCUCCUCUUUCUUGCUGGUGCGACUCUUGUCGGUGCACUUACUGGGCUAGGUGUUACCACUCCACUUUUUGUGAUUUUUAGCCCGGUUCUAGUGCCUGCAGCCUUUGUCAUUGGCUUGGCAGUGCUAGGGUUUUCGGUCUCGGGUGCUUUUGGGAUCACUGCACUUUCUUCCCUGUCGUGGAUGUUAAACAACUUUCGCCGGAUGAUAGGCCUUUUGCCCCAGCAGAUGGAACAUGCUAAGCGGCGCGUGCAGGAGACGACGGGUCAGUUGGGCCAGAAGGCUAGGGAUGUGGGCCAGACUGUUCAGAGUAAGGCCCAAUAAGUGACUAGAAGGAGAGGGUGGCAAGACAUAAUUUUGUGGUCAAUGGCUUAUGGUGUUCGCUCCUUGUGCCCAAAGUUGUCUCCUCGUUGUAGGAGAAGUAGAUAUACUUACAUAUAUAAUGGGUUUUGAGUUUGAUAGAUGGCAUAUGUAAUAAGAGGGUCUAGUACGAAGACUAAGAAUGAUUUAAAUACGUGUGUUGUUUAUGCAUAGUUAUCUUCUUCUU